AUGACGGUAUUUACAAAAGUUAAAAAAACACCUGAAGUGAAGAAAGCAUUGAGAUCAAAUGAAUCUGCAACAAUUUGCGUUGAUUCAGCUGUUUAUCAACGUGAUGAAAUGGGAACAUUUGCCCGAAUACGACAAUAUAAAAAAAUUACAAGUUUAUGCAUGAUAUUUUUACUACUUUGGUUAUUAGUAGCAUCAUUUAUGGCUGGCACAUUUUUCUAUCGUCAAUUUCAUCGUCGUCCAACAUAUUAUGGUUGGUGUGGAACGAGUUUCAUUCAACGUGGUCGUAAUGAACAUAUGGAAGAAAGUGUGGAAAUUAAUCCUGAUGAAUAUUAUGAAAGGAUUAGUGUACCACGAUUUGGUUCAAAUCGUCCAGCAGUAUUUGUGCAUGAUUUUAGAAAGAAUUUAACAGCGAUAGUUGAUUUGUUAUCAAAUCGUUGUUUUAUCAAAAAAUUGGAUCGAACGGUUGUUUCAGCACCAACAAAUCUUAUUGAUUUCAUCGAAAAAAUGAAGAAAGGAUUCUAUAAGAAUCCAGCAGUUGUCAGGAGAACUUAUCGAAUAACCGGUCGGAUUGAUGGUCGUGAUAUUGAAAAUUUGCAAUCACCAAUGAUCAGUCAUCACUGUCAACAACGGACCAUCUUUGAACUUAACGAAGCUUCCAAAUCUAUGGGACGCCAACAAUGGCGUAGACACAAACGAGAAGUGUCUGAAUCACUGCAAUUUGCUGUCCUAAGUGGUCAAGCAGUUGAAAUGGAUAAAAUUAUAAUUGAAUGA